UCUCCGCGUCCCUGGCACUGCCGCCAUUGUCCAGCGGGAGGCUGGUCGGGUGGUCCUUACGACCGGCGUGCACUUUAGAUUAGGGGUCGUCUUGGACGUCUGUUGCUGACCUGUUCGCCCGAGAUGGACCCGCAGGACCAAACGGCAACAAUGGCGAUGGCCUCGCGGCCGCAAGCAACACAACUUAAGGAGCCAGUGACUUUCCGAGAUGUGGCUGUGGACUUUACCCAAGAGGAGUGGGGGCAGCUGGACCCUACCCAGAGGACUCUGUAUCGUGAUGUGAUGCUGGAGACCUUUGGGCACCUUCUCUCUGUGGGUCCUGAUCUUCCCAAACCGGCAGUUAUCUCCCAGCUGGAGCAAGGUGCUGAGCUCUGGGUGGCAGAGAGGGGAGGCACCCGAGCCUGCCAUCCAGGCUGGAUUCUGGGCCCUGAGAACCACACAUCACUCAAGGAGCAGGGCCUCACUGAGAAGGACUCAUUCCCCAUUACAGAAAGGGAUGGGUCCAAAGGGGCUAUUUCUUGUCAUUCCAUAACAGAGAUAGAUCAGAAAAAUGAUUGCCAGAAUCGGGCACUCAAGAAGGACCAGAGUAACAUAGGGCAAUUAGAAGGCCCCAAAGAAAUACCAAUUCAAAGUCAAAGCUAUGAAAGUCUUGGACUUGGGGGAACCUGUGUUCUUAGCCUAAACACAGAUCUAUUAUCAGAUCUUUCUAGAAGAGAACAUGGCUCUACUGAUGGCUCACAAGUUAAAAACUCAGAACAUAACCCAAACUUAGUUAGUCAACAUAAAGACGCCCCAGCAACACAGCACGUGGAUGACAGUGGCUGUCAGAAAGCCUUUGAUCAGAUUAUGCCCAUUACAGAACUCACAAAAAGUCAGGUGCAAGAUAAACCCUAUAAGUGCACUGAUUGUGGGAAGUCAUUUAACCAUAAUGCACACCUCACAGUGCACAAGAGAAUUCAUACAGGAGAGAGACCUUACAUGUGCAAAGAAUGUGGGAAAGCCUUCAGCCAAAACUCCUCCCUUGUUCAACAUGAGCGAAUCCACACUGGAGACAAGCCCUAUAAGUGUGAUGAAUGCGGGAAGUCUUUUUGCCACAGUACACACCUGACAGUCCAUAGGAGAAUUCACACUGGGGAGAAACCUUAUAGGUGUCAGGACUGUGGGAGGGCCUUCAAUCAGAAUUCAUCCCUAGGGCGCCACAAAAGAACACACACUGGGGAGAAGCCAUACACCUGCAGUGUGUGUGGGAAAUCCUUCUCUCGGACCACGUGCCUCUUCCUGCACCUGCGGACUCACACUGAGGAGAGGCCGUAUGAGUGUAAUCACUGUGGAAAGGGCUUCAGGCACAGUUCCUCCCUGGCCCAGCAUCAGCGGAAGCAUGCUGGUGAGAAACCCUAUGAGUGCCGGCAGAGGCUGAUCUUUGAGCAGACACCAGCUUUAACAAAGCACGAGUGGACAGAAACCCUCAACUGUGACCCGCCUUUGAGUCAAGAAGAAAGGACUCAACGCAGCGAUAGGCCCUUUAAAUGUAAUCAGUGUGGAAAAUGUUUCAUUCAGAGUUCUCACCUCAUCCGACAUCAGAUAACCCACAAUAGAGAGGAAGCACCACAUGGCCGUAGCCGAAGACGAGAACAGCCCUGUGGGCGGGGCUCAAAGCUCGUUCGGAAUCCACACUCAAAUUCAAGAGAGAUCCCUGUGGCCCAAGCAAAGGCAGGACAAGCAAGCAGGGCACUGGCCUUGUUUGACCUUCAUGAAAUUAUGCAGGAGAAAAACCCUGUGCAUGUUAUUGGGGUAGAAGAACCUUCACUGGGCAGUUCUAUGCUGUUUGACAUCAGAGAAUCUACAUAGGAAACUCUUCAAUAACUGUUGAGUUACUAGGUACAAACAUAAGUCCACACAUUGUAUUGGUGGCAAGAGAAGAUGGCAUAAUAUCAGUGGUGACCUCUGUCUUCAUAAGGAAGUAGUGCCUCCCAAACACUUGAGGUUGGUGGUUCUCAAAUGUAUCAAACUCGGUCCCUGUUUAACAACAGACUUUUUCUUUGUUUUUCUGAAACAAGGUCUCAUGUGGCCAGGCUGGCCUUGAACUCACCAUGUAUCCAAGAAUGACCUUGAAUUUCUGAUCCUUCUGCCUUCACCUCUCUAAUUCUAGGAACAUGGCAAGGUGCCACUAUAUCCAGCAACAACAGACAUCUUAAGAUGUUUUCUCCAUUAUCCUAAAAUGAGUUUACCAGUAAUAAAACCUCUGCUCAGGCAUAAUGCGGAAAUAACAUGUGACCCCUUUUUGUAAAAGAUGGCAGCUAAUUUAUAAUAGAAUGAUAUGUACUGAGUCAGUAUGGUAUCUUGCCAUGUCCUUAUGUGGGCCCAUUUUUACCAGGUCAGUGUCCUGUAACUUUCAGACUGGUGCAAGGCAUGCUGUUGUCUACAAAAAUACCAUAAGGGACAUUACUAUGCCCAAAAUGAUUUUUCAGAGUAGUGAUGAACUCUUAAUGAAAGUUUUGAACAGACAAAUACUAUUGCAUUUGUGGGGAACUCUGCCUAAAUUUGAAAUACACACAACGUAAUGCUUCUUUGUAUGUGAGUUCGAGUCAGAAUCCCAGUUCACAUUUCACACAGGUUAAGUCACACAAGACUCAGUUCUGCACUUCAUUGCAGCAUGUGUGCCUCCUGUCAUCAUUUCAACAAGUCAUCUGACAGAGAAGCAUUCACAAAAUUCUACAACCUUCUCUAAAGGAGCCACAGAGCCUAUGAAAACCCCUAUCUUGAAAUAUCUAGGGUUGCUGUUAGUCAGAGGUGCAAUCAUUUGUACCCAUCUGCAAUCAUUUGUCCUCAGAGGACACUUGGUAAUGUCUAAAGUCAUUUUUGUCACUGCAACUUGAAGGAUGCUACUGGCAUCCAGGUGGAGGCCAAGGCUACUUACUGUUCAACAUACUAAAGUGCCCAGGGCAGCUCCUCAGUGAAUUUUCUAGCCCAAAUAUUAAUAAUGCUAAGGUGGAGAAGCCUGAUAUAAACUCAGUCCAGAGGGUUGGGGUGUAGCUCCAUAGUAGAACACUUGCCUAGCAUGUAGAAGGCCGAGUUCAGUCUGCAGUACCAGAGACACAAAUAACAGACCAUGUUUUCUAGACUGUAAAUUGAACAAAGCUGUAUUUACAGUCAUGUGAAUUUGUUCUUAACAAAUAGAACCAUGAGGGGCUGGAGAGAUGGCUCAGAGGUUAAGCGCACUGGCUGCUUUU